AUAGAAUCUGGUUUGAGUCACAUUACAUUCAUUGGGACGCAUAGGGGAAGUUCUCUGGUUCCUUCCUCAGUCCCUCCCACACUCUGCGGUGUGAAGCGGCAAACUGAGUGAAAUGUCGCGCACUCGCAUUGCCGUUCACCGCUUUCGCUACACCUUCACCGCAUCACCACCACCACCAUCAUCUUCUCCAAUUACUCGCUUCCAAUUCCAAUGUCCCCAACAAUAUCUCACGCGCUCACCGUUCCAUUAUUUUCGUUAUUCUUCAUCCUCCCCUAAACAACGCGAUUCAGAAUAUCCGAGUGGUGACUUUCAUUUCGAGCCCGUUACGGGAUGGAAAAAGCUCAUGGUCAAGCUCAAAAUGCUGGUAGCCUUCCCCUGGGAGCGUCUCCGCUACGGCACCGUUUUCACGAUCAAGUUGCGCGGCCAGAUAUCGGAUCAGCUGAAGAGUAGAUUCUCCCCUGGAUUAUCUCUGCCUCAAAUUUGUGAUAAUUUCUUCAAAGCUACAUAUGAUCCUCGCAUUUCCGGCAUCUAUCUUCAUAUCGAUAUUUUGAAUUGCGGUUGGGCCAAGGUCGAGGAAAUUCGUAGGCAAAUAUUGAAUUUCAAAAAAUCAGGAAAAUUUAUUGUGGCUUAUGUCGCUUCAUGUCGAGAAAAAGAGUAUUACAUUGCAUGCGCGUGUGAUGAGAUAUAUGCACCUCCAAGUGCUUAUUUUUCUUUGUUUGGAUUGACCGUUCAAGCCCCGUUCCUCAGAGGUGUUUUAGAGAAACUCGGAAUUGAACCUCAAGUGGAAAGAAUUGGCAAGUACAAAAGUGUAGGAGAUCAACUAACCCGUAGAACCAUGUCUGAAGAUCAUCAUGAGAUGCUGACUGCAUUGCUCGAUAAUAUCUAUACAAAUUGGCUAGACAAAGUCUCCUCUGCUAGAGGAAAGAAAAGAGAAGAUAUUGAGAACUUCAUAAAUGAAGGUGCCUAUCAAGUGGACAGGCUUAAAGAAGAGGGCUUCAUAUCAGACAUAAUCUAUGAUGAUGAGGUUAUCGCCAGGUUGAAAGAAAGACUUCAAGUGAAAAAUAAAAAUUUGCCUAUGGUUGAUUACAGAAAAUACUCUGGAGUUAGGAAAUCAACUAUUGGACUCUCGGGUGGCAAAGAGCUGAUAGCUAUCAUCCGAGCCUCAGGGAGCAUUCGUCGUAUUGAGAGUCCAUUAAGUUCCCGUAGCUCAGGUAUCAUCGGAGAGAAGUUCAUUGAGAAGAUACGCAGUGUUAGAGAGUCAAAGAAGUAUAAGGCUGCUAUUAUCCGGAUUGACAGUCCAGGAGGUGAUGCUCUUGCUUCUGAUUUGAUGUGGAGAGAAAUCAGGCUUCUGGCUGCCUCAAAACCAGUCAUCGCUUCAAUGUCUGAUGUGGCAGCAAGUGGAGGGUACUACAUGGCAAUGGGAGCAGGAGUUAUUGUUGCAGAAAAUCUUACCUUAACUGGUUCAAUUGGAGUGGUCACAGGAAAGCUUAACAUUGGGAAACUUUAUGAGAAGAUUGGCUUUAACAAAGAAAUUUUAUCAAGGGGUAGAUAUGCUGAGCUCCGUGCAGCUGAACAACGUUCUUUCAGACCGGAUGAAGCAGAAUUAUUUUCUAAGUCUGCACAGCAUGCUUAUAAACAAUUUCGUGAUAAGGCAGCCUUUUCCAGAUCUAUGACCGUAGACAAAAUGGAAGAGGUUGCACAGGGGAGGGUGUGGACUGGUAAGGACGCAGCUUCUCAUGGUUUGAUUGAUGCAAUCGGUGGGCUUUCUCGAGCUGUUGCCAUAGCAAAAUUGAAGGCCAAUAUACCUCAAGACAGACAGGUUACUAUUGUGGAGCUAUCACGACCCAGCCCUUCUCUACCCGAGAUUUUGAGUGGUCUUGGUAGUUCUCUUGUUGGAGUCGAUAGAACUUUAAAGGAACUAUUACAGGACUUGACAUUUUCCGAUGAAGUCCAAGCAAGGAUGGACGGAAUCAUGUUUGAGAAAUUGGAAGGAUAUCCAUACGCCAAUCCCGUUUUGACAUUGAUAAAAGAUUAUCUCAGCUCCCUGUAGUUUGUUUUCCUUCUAUUUUGUGCUUUUCGUUUCAGUAUAAUAUGAAAUCUACGUGGAAUCCAUUGUAAAGCACAGGCCCAUGCGUGAUAGUGAAUAGAGCUCUCAUUAUGUUGUGUAUAUGGCUGCCGAGAAAACUAUAUUCCAAAAACAAAUUAGAAAUGCUAUUUUGC